GGAAAACAUGGCGGCCGGGUUGCGCUGACAUCGCGGAGCUAGCCGCUAGUAUUGGGACUCCCUCGCACACCCUAGGAGGUUUCACUCCAUGGAACAGGCUUUCGGAACAGAGGGUCUCGUAACAAGCAUUUAGUAGUAUUGUUGUGUCUUCUUAUGAAGCAAUUCCCCGUCCUGUUUCAGCAACCGGGACAACCGAAAUGGAAGACGAAGAGAGGCAAAAGAAGCUAGAGGCCGGCAAGGCAAAGCUGGCGGAGUACCGGCAGCGCAAGGCCCACGCCGACUCCCAGAAGAGACAGAAGAAGAAGAAGAAGAGGAGGCUGGACAAGGAAGAGGAGCCGGCCGGGGAGGACGUGCACCAGGGGAGGGACGCCCGUAAGGUCCUCCCAGGGGAGAUGGAGGAGGAGGAGGAGGAGGGGGAGGAAGGAGGGGCGGAGCAUGAAGAACAGCCGGCGCCGGGGGAGGAGCUUCCCGAAGGGGGUGGAGUCAGGGGGGAUCCUGACAUUCCCAACACGACGGAGCUGACGUUCUCUAGGACCCUGCGGAGCGGCGAGACGGUCAAGCACGACCAGACCUACACCAUCGAGCCAGAAAGCGAGGUCUCCACCACCGCCGACGACUACUCCUCCGAGGUCAAUGGCUGCCAUGUGACGACAGUGAACCUCAUGACGUCUUCUGAGGAAUUUAUCUGGGAGGAGGUGGACGCACUGCACCUGAUGACCAAGGAGGCCAAGAUGGACGACAUGGAGGACGAGCUGGCCGUCAAGACCCAGGCAGUGGAGGAGCUGAGCCGCGAGCUGGAGGAGAUCAGGGCCUGCUUUGGCAGCGAGGGGAUCCACCAGCUGCAGGACUUUGAGGCGGCUCUGAAGCAGAGGGACGGCAUCAUCACCCAGCUCACCUCCAACCUGCAGCAGGCCAGGGACGAGAAGGAGGACAUCAUGAGGGAGUUCCUGCAGAUGACUGAGCAGAGCCAUAAGCUGCACAUCCAGUUCCAACAGUUGCAGGCCGGGGAGACCCUGAGGAACACCACCCACAGCAGCACGGCAGCGGACCUCCUGCAGGCCCGCCAGCAGAUGGUCCAGUACCAGCAGCAGCUGGAGGACCUGGGAGCCCAGGUCCGGAGCAGGAAGGAACACCUGCUGGGGGUCUCCGACCUGGAGCACAGACUCAGCCAGAUGGAGACGGCUGGCCGAAGAUCGGAGGAGACAUUUGCACAGAAGCUGAGUGAAAAAGACUUGUUGAUAGCGGAACAGGAACACCUGAUAUCGGGCCAGGAGCAGUCAUUGGCCGACCUGAAAGCUCAGCUCGCACUUUCGUCGAGGGCUAGCGAGGAAUCGUUUGCCCACUCGCUCAGAGAGAAGGACCUACUGAUCUCGAAGCAGAAUGCAAUAAUCUCAGAGCACGAGAGGUCUCUUUCCCUGCUUCGCGAUGAGCUGACCCAGGUAGCAAGGAGCGGCUCCCCGACGGACGCCCAGAGCCAGAACGAGAAAGAUGCGCGCAUCGCAGAGCAGGCGAGGGUCAUUUCAGAGCAGGAACGCUCUCUUGCUCACCUCGAGGAGCAGCUGAAGUCCUCGGAGAAGCGCCUGAAUGAACUUUGCCUUGUGAAGGAUCAGGCGCUCGAGAGCUGCCAGGGGGAGCUGGAGAGCACCAGGGUGGAUUUGGAACGCUGCAAGAGUGGGUGGGACGAUUCCAAGGUGGAACUAGAGAACGGGGUGAGAGAGUUAGAACGCUGUAAAGAUCAACUACUGAAUUUCACGGUGGAAGUGGAGAAAGGGCAGACGGAGUUGAAAAGCUCCAAGGAUGAAUUUGCGAAUUCCAAAUUAGAAUUUGAGAAAAGAAUCAUAGAUCUGGAAAGCUACAAGAAAGAACUUGAGAAUUCCAAAUUAGAACUCCAGACAGAGUUGAAAAGCUCUCGCGACGAAUCGCAGGAUUCCAAAUCGGCGCUGGAGAAGGGGACGAGGGAGCUGGAGAGCUGCAAAGAGGAGCUCGCCGCCUCCCGACAGAAGGAGCGCACGUCGUCCGGCGAGGUCAUGCAGCUCAUGGGCACCGUGGAAGACCUCCAGAGGCGCUGCCACCAGGGCAGCCUGUCGGAGGGCGACGUGGUCCAGAGGAUGGAGGAGGAGUCCCUGCGCAAGCUGGAGCGCCUCAGGGCGGAGCUGGACGAGAUGUACGGCCAGCAGAUCGUCCAGAUGAAGCAGGAGCUCCAGCUGCAGCACGCGGCGGCGGUGGAGCGGCUCAGCCGACAACACGGGGCUGAGCUCGAUGCCCUGAGGGCCCAGGAGGAACGGCGACGCCUCGACGUCGACGAGCGUGACGCCAAGUUGGCCGACCUGCAGGAGACCCUGCAGGAGUCGCAGGCCGCGCACGGGAGAGCGCAGGACGAGCUCCACGGGCUGGCGCAGGAGAAGCUCGGCCUGCAGGCUCAGGUGGAGGACCUUCUCCGAGACCUGCGGCAGGCCAAAGACGUGGCGGACAAGGCCUCGCACAACCUCACGCUCAGCAAGGGAAGCAGGCAGACGGAGCUGCAGCACCUGCAGCGCAUCAGCGACGGCCUCCGGUGCCAGCUGGAGGCGGCAGAGGAGGCGGCGCUGGAGGUCGAGGCCAAGCACGAGUCGGAGGUGACCAACUACAAGAUCAAGCUGGAGAUGCUGGAGCGGGAGAAGGACGCCGUGCUGGACCGCAUGGCCCAGUCGCAGGAGGCGGAGCUGGAGAGGCUCAGGACCCAGCUGCUCUUCAGCCACGAGGAGGAGCUGAUCCUGCUCAGGGAGGACCUGCGGCGGGAGAGCUUCCUCAACACGGAGAACCUUCUGAACGAGGCGUCCGUCAGGCGGGAGCGGGCCCUGGAGGAGCUGCGGGCCACGUACGAGGAGAAGCUGGGCUCUCUGGGGAAGGAGACGGCGGUGUUCGCCACGGAGCGCGCCGAGCUCCUGGAGCAGAUCCUGGCGCUGAAGGGGGACUUGAAGGCGGCGCAGAGCAGCUCCAGGGCGGAGGAGUUGGUGCAGCAGCUGCAGGAGCUCCAGGCGGAGGUGGUGGAGUUGAGGCAAGGCGCGGAGCAAAGGGGUAAAGUGGAGAGGGAGUACAAGGCACUACUGACCCAGGUCGAGACACUGGAGAACGAGGCGAGGGAGCAGGAGGACGGUUGGAGGAGCAAACUUGAAGAGAAGGAGUCUGAAAAACAAAUGUUGAACGAAUACAACACUGUUUUGAAAAAAGAGAUUGACCUGGCGACUGAAACGGUGCAGUCUCUCACUUUAGAGAGCAAUCAGAAGGUGCAGGAAUUGGCCGAGCUCAGGGACGAGAUUGAGAAGCAGCGCACAACUUAUUCCUUCGCCGAGAGGAACUUUGAGGUGAACUUUCAAGAGCUGAAGGGGGAGUACACCUGCCUCAUUCAGGCCAAGACACAGCUGGAGGAGCGGACACUGAAGGUGACGCUCGAGUUUGAGGCGAAAAUCGCCAGCCUGCAAUCUCAAGUUCGGGAGCUGAAGGAGGGGGAGGAGGAGGAGGAGAGCGGCGGACGGGUCAAGAGGGGGGGCCGCGGAGACAGAGCCACCGCACCGAUGGAAAAAGACACUACUGAAUUAAUGGAGAAGCUCAACGCCAUCUCCAACGAGAAGGAGAGCCUGAUCGCUCGGCUCUCCGACGUCACGGACAAGCUGAGCUUUUCCGAAGGCAAGCUGGAGCGACUGAAGGGGGAGCUCUUGGAGAUCCACCAGGAACACGGGAAGGUCCUCGCCCUGAACAAGAGCCUCGCCGCGGGGCUGGAGAGGGAACGGGACGCGGUGACGGACGCCAAGAAGGAGGGAGAGCCGCGGCGGCGCUACAAACCCCAGCACCGAGCGUCCGCGCCGGCCGAGCCCGACGCCUCGGCCGCCCACCAGCGACGGAUCGAAUCCCUGCAAGGGGAGGUCGAGUCCCUCCGGUCCCGCCUACAGGCGGCCGAGGCGGAGCGAGCCCCCCUGGCGCCGAACAGGCUCCUCCCGCUGCAGACCACGUCGCCCACGGCAACGUCGGGGGACGGACACCCGCCCCCACAGAAGCCCCCAGCAGCCCCGGCAGCCCCAGCAGCCCCAGCCUCGGGGUUGGGGUCGAACAGGCGCAAGAGACGGCAGCGGUCGAAGCAGGAGCGCAAAGCCACCCACACCACCGCGGCCGCUCUGGCAGACGGCAGCAGCAGCAGCAGCGUCAGCAGGGAGGAGAGGCAAAGGGGGGAAGAGGAGGCGGAGAUGGAGAUGGAAGAGGAGGAGGUGGAGGAGGAGGAGCAACAGGAGCUCUCGCUGGCAGCGGCGGAGUUGGGGAAAGCUGCAGAGCCGGCGGUGGGAGCCGGGAUGCAGAGCGAGGCAGCGUCUCGCUCGACUCAGAGGCUCGGCGGCGAGGAGGACUCUGCGGACCGCUGCCAAGGAGACGCAGAGACCAGCAUCACCAAGCCGGUGGGGAGCCAGGCCGCGGUACCAGGGGAGCGGGCCGUCGGAAAGAGAGAGAGCAGCACGGCCCAACAUGCAGAGUGCAGGCUGCAGCUGGAGGCCCAGAGGGUCAGCCUGUCUCAGAUCCACGCCGCCCAGCUAGAACUGCUGGCAGAACAGACGUCCGCCCACACCAGCUCCCUGGAGACCGGGCCGGGCGGCCCCGGGGACCGGGCCGGACAGGACCUGGCCGCCCAGCGACCGGCCCCGAUGUCCCACCGGGAGGUGGAGGAGGGGGAGCGGGAGGUGGAGCGGGAGGUGGGGGAGGUGGAGCCCGAGAGGGAGGAGGCCCGGAGGCAGCGCCUCCUGCUGGAGGAGAGUCACCGCGAGGAGCUGCAGCGCCUGCACUCCCACUACACCCAGCUUGCCUCCGACGCGGAGGAGCGCCACGCCAUGCAGCUGGUGGUGCUGGAGCAGCGCCUGCACCAGCUCACCUCCACCCACAGCACCUCCACCCGCCUCAGUGUCCAAUCAGUGAGCAGCUCUGAGAUACCGGAGCAACACGACGAAAUCAUACAGUUCCUCCUCUCUGAACACCAGCCCGGCACCGAGUUGGGGGCGGAGCCUGAGUCAGGGACGGAGUCAGAGUCUGUGAGGUCAUCGGGCCUGACCGCUCAGCUGCAGGCGCUGAGGAGGGCUCUCUACCACAAGUACCUCCAGGAGGUGGCCUCGCUGAAGGGGGAGCACCACUCCGAGCUGAGGAGACUCCGGGAGGAGCGAGCCGAGGAGUUGGGCAGGGGACAGAGGGAGAGAGGAGGAGGCGACGCAGGAGGAGGAGGAGGAGGAGGGAGGCCUGGUAGCGCACCAGGGGAAGGAGCAGGAGAAGCUGCAGCAGGGGGUCGAACCUUGCAGGAGGAGAAGAGAUACUGGGAGAGUGUGGAGGAGGAGGUGGCCAAGGUCAUAGUUCAGAUGUCGGUGGAGUUCGCCCAGCAGUCGGAGCUGGCACGCAUCAGCAAGCGGGGCCUCCAGAUCUCCUCCUCUAUGCAGACUCAACCCGAGGAGGAGGAGGAGGAGGAGGAGGAGGAGGAGGAGGAGGAGGAGGAGGAGGAGGAGGUGGAGGAGGAGAGGGAAACCCAAAGGAGCGGUCCGAGGGUCCUGGACACCUCCUCCAUUCAGACCCGCCCCAAGAUUGAGAAGAAGAAGAAGAAGAAGAAGAAGAAGGAGGUGAUGGAGGAGAGGGGGACCUCCUCCCUGAAGGAGGUGGAGGGCUGCGGGAAGCUGAAGACGGAGGUCAGAGAGCUGACCUCGGAGGUGGUUCGGCUGAAGGAACAGCUGAGGAACGCUGCGUGGGCAGUCCAGAAGACCGCCAAGAAGAAGAAGGAGAAAGAGGAGGAGGAGGAGGAUGAGGAGGAGAUGGGGAAGCCUGGAGGAGGGGACAUCGCCACACUUGAGUCCAGCGGUCUGGAAGAGGUCACCUCGGAAAGGAACCUGCUGCGGGAGCACAACUACCGGCUCCACCAGGUGCUGCAGGACGUCCUGAAGACCACGGCGGCCGCCGAGGAGACCAUGGGCCUCCACGUGGAGAGCCUGCGCCUGGCCUCGGCCGCCGACUCGCCGCCGCCGCCGCCGCCCAGCAACGCUGGCCUCCGGUCGGAGGCCUCCCUGGGGAGGCUCCACACAAAGCCCUUCAGCCUCUGUUCCGCAGGUUCUGCGGCAGACAGCUUCCAGGGCAGUGAGUCGAGUGCGGAUGAGUCAUCCAUCGCCUGGUCCGGUGUGGCGGAGGCCGACGGAGGCCCAGGGGGGACUGUGGCCCCGGACGACCCGGCCCUCCUGUCCACGGGGGUCCUGAGCUUGCUGGAAGACCAAGAGUCCCUGCUGGGAACCAGUAGCCGGCUCCAGAAGGCCCUGGAGCGAAUGCUGGUGGCCAUUGCAGAGAGCAGCGACCAGCUGGAGCACGCCCGGGUCACCCAGACGGAGCUGAUGCGCGAGUCCUUCCGCCACAACCAGGAGGUGGGGGAACUCCUUCAGCGGCAGGAGGAGCUCCAGGAGCGGCUGGCGGAGGAGGCGCGCGCCCGCGAGCAGCUGGCCCUCGAGCUGCACCGGGCCGAGGGUGUGAUUGAAGGCUACUCAGGUGAGCGGACUCUCCUGGAGGAGCAGGCCCGGCAGAAGGAGGAGCUACAGCUCAGCCUGGAGCAGGAGUUACAGGUGACGGCCAGCCGUCUCAACGAGCUGGAGCAGGAGCGGCUCCUCAUGCACCAGGAGAAGGAGCUGCUGGGCAGACAGCAGGACGCCAUGAGGGAGACGGCAGGGCCUCGCGAGCUCCGCCUAGUUGAUGCUGAAGUGGCCGCUGCACCUGAAGCAGACCUGCUGGAGGAGACGGAGAAGCUGAUGAAGGAGAAGGUGGAGGUGCAGCGGCAGGCGGAGAAGGACAGCUCGGACCUGGGCAAGCAGGUGAAGCAGCUGGAGGCGGAGCUGGAGGAGCAGGUGAACCGCUCCAUCGAGCUGGAGCAGGCGCAGCGCAACGAGAGCCGGGACCUCCGCCAGCAGAUCCAGUCCCUGGAGAAGCAGAUGGAGAACAACCGCAAGUUCCUGGAUGAGCAAGCGGUGGACCGGGAGCACGAGAGGGACGUCUUCCAGCAGGAGAUCCAGAAGCUGGAGGAGCAGCUGAGGAACCCCCAGAAGCUCCAGGGGGCCUCGGACCCCAGGGGCAAGGAGGUGGAGCGUCUGAGCAGCCAGCUCCAGGAGAAGGCUGACUGGUGCAGUGAGCUGCUGCUGGGCUCGGAGCAGCGGCAGCGCGAGCUGGACGACCGCGACCAGGAGAUCGACAAGCUGGAGGGACGCGUCCGCGAGCUGGAGCAGGCCCUGCUGGCCAGCGCCGAGUCUCUGGGGAAGGACGAAGAGAGGAAGCAGCAUGACGCUGCCUCUGAGGCCAGACACAACACUCUGGAAGCCCAGCUCCAGACGGAGAGAGAGGCUCUGGACCGCAAAGAGAAAGAGAUCUCCCACCUGGAGGAGCAGCUGGAGCAGUUCCGGGAGGAGCUGGAGAACAAGAGCGAGGAGGCGCAGCAGCUCCAGAUGCAGCUGGAGAUCCAGGAGAAGGAGCUGGGCAGCCAGCAGGAGCACCUGGAGACCAGGGAGAGCAUGCUCCAGGUAAUGGAGGAGAAGGACAGGCAAAUACUCGUUCUUAAUGAGAAACUCUCUAAGCGCCAACACACGGAGCCCGCGGCGUCCGCUACGAAGGACCUGGACCAGCGGGAGGACCUGAUCCGGGACCUGGAGUCCCAGGUGGAGUGCCUGAGGAGCGAGCAGGAGCGCCUGAAGAGGAACGGCGAGGUGGAGCUGGAGCAGCUCAACGCCGUCAUCGACAAGCUGCAGCAGGAGCUGGCCAACAUCGAGCAGAAGCUGCCCCCGCACCACGACGAGGAGGAGGAGGAGAUGGAUACCCAGGCUCGGGUGCGGGGGGGCGACCUCGUCGCGGCGACCAGCGACGAACUCGGCCAGACGCAGCGGCGGCUGGACGUGGCCACGGGCGAGCUGGGCGCGCUCCGGGGCAAACACGGCGAGCUGUUUGAGACGUACCGCCGGCUGAAGGAGACGUCGGCCGUCCUGGCCCAGACGGAGGAGCAGGGCAGGGCGGAGGAGGAGGAGCGCUCGGAGGCCCGCCUGGAGGACGCCCUCCGGGAGACGGCCAGCCUGGUGGUCAUGCAGGCCCAGGUGCAGGCGCUGGAGCAGAGCGCAAGCUCCAGGGUGGACGAGCUGCGGCGCCGCGUCGAGGACCUGGAGCGCGCCGCAGAGGAGAAGGAGGCGGAGCUGGCCCGCGGGCGCCUGCUGGCUGAGACCCUCCGGGGGAAGGUCGACCACCUGGAGGACCGACUCCGGGAGACGGAGACGGAUGCGUCGGCGCUGACCGGCCAGGCCCAGCAUCGGGACUCCCUGCAGGGGGAGCCGCGAGGACAGACAGACCCCAAGCGGACUGAAGUGGAGGAGAGCCAGCCUCAAGGCCCGCGGUCCGACGCUCCUCCGACCCACGUCUUCCCGGACUUUGGCCUCCCGCAGCUGGACUCCUCCUCCUUCAGCAUGGUGGGCGGAGCCAGGGGGCCGGCGGGCGGCUCCGGGAGGGCGGGGCACCUGACGGAGAAGCUGCGGGAGCUGGAGGUGGGGCUCAGCGGCAUUCAGAAGGACCAGGAGCUGCAGAAGCAGCUGCUUUCCAGCUCCGAGGAGGAGGUGAUGGAGUACGAGCGGAGGCUGGCCGUGCUCAUGGACCUGCUGAACCAGAUGAGGAGCAAGGCUGGAGCCCACCACAAGACCUGGAAGCCCACUUGUGAGGUGAGGGCUCACUGGUCAACGCCAUCUCCUGCAGCAGACCAACGGGAUGCGCGUGAAGCUCACCGGGAGUUACAGGAGGUCCGAGAUGAGGCCCUGGCCACCAAAGAACAGCUGGACCACUACAAACAGAGCUCUAGUCAACAUGAGGAGCAGCUAGCCAACCACGAGCAGAGACACAGUCAACUCCUAGCAGAGUUAGACAAUUACAAGAAGAGCUCUGGUCAACUUGAAGCGCAGCUAGCUGACUACGAGCAGAGAUGCAGUAAACUCAUGGAAGAGUUGGACAAUUACAAGCAGAGCUCUAGUCAACUCAAACAGGAGCAAGGCGACUUAAAGGCGAGUUCUAGUCAACUCCAGGAGCAGUUAAAUGUCUCCAAGGAGAGCUCUAGGCAACUUGAAGAACAGCUAGCCGACUUCAAACAGACCACUAGUAAGCUCCAGGAGGAGCUGGAAAACUACAAGCAGAACUCUACCCAACUUCAGGAGAAGGUUGACCAGUACAAACAGAGCUCUAGUUUACUCCAGGAGCAGGUUGACCAGUACAAACAGAGCUCUAGUCAACUUCAACAAGAACUAGACGACUCGAAGCAGAACAGUCGUAAACUUGAAGAACAGCUAGAAGUCUACAAGCAGAGCUCUAGCAAACUCCAGGAGCAGCAAGACACCUCGAAGCAGAACAGCAGUCAACUCGAAGAACAGAUAGCCAACUUAAAGCAGAGCUCUAGUCAAUUUCAGGAGCAGGUUGACCAGUACAAACAGAGCUCCAGUCAACUUCAGGAGCAGGUUGACCAGUACAAACAGAGCUCCAGUCAACUUCAGGAGCAGGUUGACCAGUACAAACAGAGCUCUAGUCAACUUCAACAAGAGCUAGAUGACUCCAAGCAGAGCUCUAGUCAGCUUCAGGAGCAGGUUGACCAGUACAAGCAGAGCUCUAGUCAACUUCAGGAGCAGGUUGAUCGGUACAAGCAGAGCUCGAGUCAACUCGAAGUACAGCUAGCUGACUCAAAGCAGAGCUGUAGUCAACUCCAGCAGGAGCUGGAAUACAACAAGCAGAGCUCAAGUGAGCUACAGCAGCAGCAAGAUGACUCGAAGCAGAACAGUAGUCAACUCGAAAAACAGCUGGAAGAACUCAAGCAGAGCUCGAGUCAACUUCAGCAAGAGCUGGAUGACUCAAGGAAGAACAGUAGUCAACUCGAAAAUAAGCUAGCUGAUUACAAGCAGAGUUCGAGUCAACUGCAACAAGAACUAGCUGACUCCAAGCGAAACAGUAGUCAACUCGAAGUACAGCUAGAAGAAUACAAGCAGAGCUCGAGUGAACUUGAAGUACAGCUAGCCGACUCCAAGCAAAACAGUAGUCAACUCCAAAAGGAGCUGGAAAACAACAAGCAGAGCUCGAGUGAGCUACAGCAGCAGCAAGACGAUUCGAGGCAGAACAGUAGUCAACUCGAAGAACAAAUAGCUGAAUACAAGCAGAGCUCGAUUCGACUUCAGCAAGAACUAGAUGACUCGAAGCAGAACACCAGUCAACUUCAAGGACAACUAGAAGACACCAAGCAGAGUUUGAGUAAACUUCAGGAGCAGGUUGACCAGUACAAGCAGAGCUCUAGCCAACUCCAGCAAGAACUAGAUACCUCUAAGCAGAACAGUAGUCAACUUGAAAAACAGCUAGCUGACUAUAAGCAGAGCUCGAGUCAGCUUCAACAAGAACUAGACACCUCAAAGCAGAGCUGUAGUCAACUUGAAAAACAGCUAGCUGACUAUAAGCAGAGCUCGAGUCAGCUUAAACAAGAACUAGAAGCCUCUAAGCAGAACAGUAGUCAACUUGAAGAACAGCUAGAAGACCAGAAGCAGAGCUCUCGUCAACUCCAGCAAGAACUAGAAGCCUCUAAGCAGAACCGUAGUCAAUUUGAAAAACGGCUAGCUGACUAUAAGCAGAGCUCGAGUCAGCUUCAACAAGAACUAGACACCUCAAAGCAGAGCUGUAGUCAACUUGAAGAACUGCUAGAAGACCAGAAGCAGAGCUCUAGUCAACUUCAGAAGCAGCUUGAUGACAACAAGCAGAGCUCUAGUCAAAUUCAGGAAGAGUUGAAUGACUCCAACCGGAGCUAUAGUAAACUCCAAGAGCAGCUUGAGGAGAAGACAUUGGCAAUAAGCAGGGUUGAAGAGCAAAUACAGAAGGCAUCGCCAGGAGUCGGUGAGGAGGCGGUUCAGCAGGGGUUGGACCUUCAGCUUCAGGAGGUGCAGAAGGAGGUGGUGGUGGUCAAGGAGGAGCUGGACUCCUGCAAGCAGAGCUCUGAUAGGCUACAGGAGCUGCUCCAGGAGAGGGAAAUGACUAUCGCUCACCUUAAAGGAGAACUCUACCGGGCCACCGCGAGCGCAGAAGGAGAAGGUGAGGAAGGAGGAUCCAGCGUCCCGGGGCUCCUCCAGCAGCUCCAGGAGGUCCAGACCCAGGCGGCCGCCACCAAAGAAGAGGUCGCCAGCUGCCGGCAGCGAGCGGACCAGCUCCAGGACCAGCUCGGGUGCCGCGACGUCGCCAUCGCCCAGCUCAAAGAAGAGCUCCGGGAGCUGCAGGCGGCCUCGGCAGCGGCCAGCCUGUCCCCAGAGCCCCCCUCUCGCUCCCCGACGUCCCCUUCGCCCUCCCCUCAGCCGCCGCCGUCGUCCUCGUCCUCCUCCACCACCGCCGCGGCCGCCGCCGGCAGCCAGCCCAAGAGGAAAGCGGGCAAGUCGUUGUCCGGUAAGGGAAGCGGCAGCGCCAAAGACAAGGCGUCCUUAUCCCGGAAGAACUCUGCAGCGGCCGCACAGCAGGCCUCGGAGAAGACCCAGAGCCCAGGGGGCCCCGGGGCCGAACGCCGGCCCCAGCAGGAGCAGCGCCGGCAGGUGUCCGUCGCCGACUCCUCCACGCAGACCCACCAAGACCUCCAGACGACCGCCACCAAGCCCACAGGGGUGGGCGCGGGGACCCUGAGUCCAUCUGCUGCGGCCCAGAAGAAGAAGGAGGAGGAGGAGGAGGAGGUGGUGGUGGCGGAGGUGAUCGGGGAGUUCCAGGAGAAGAUCGUCCAGAUGCAGGAGCUCCACGCCGCCGAGAUCCUGGACAUGGAGGCGCGGCACAUCGCCGAGAGCGAGGGCCUGCGCCUGGACACCCUGGCCCUGGAGAACGAGUGCAAGGCCCUGAAGGCCGUCGUCGACAAGCUGCGCUCCGGGGAGGCCUCGUCGGCCCGAACAGACCGCCCUGCGUCGCUGCAGUUCCGGGACGGAUACACCAGCGACAGCAGCUCAGACUACAGCCAGCGGACGGGCUACGACCCCCCCAGCCUGCAGCAGGAGUUCAGGACCACCCCGGAGGGGGCCAGGCGGGACGGGGAAGACCCACUCCCUGACAAGAUCAAGACCCUGCUGAGAGAGGUGCACCAGGAGGGCAUGCAGGUCCUGUCCCUGUCAGAGUUCCCCCUGACGGAGGACCAGGCCGGGGGAUCAGGAGGUCCAGGGUGGGGCCAGACCCCCAGCCCAGGCUGGCCCAGGGAGAGGCAGGCCCUGCUGGACACCGUGCAGUCCCUGAAGACCCUGGUCACCCAGAUGCAGACAAGCAGGGGGACACAGACCCCCGGAGGAGCAGACUGGCGUGGGGAGCUGCUUGGAGCGGUGCAGCAGGUGCUGAUGGGGGAGCGCGGCGUGCUGAAGAGCGCCCUCUACAGCCAGCUGGACCAGCUGGACAGCAGCGACGCCAUCGUCCACCUCAACCAGCUGGAGCAGAGGCUGGCCCAGCAGGAGGUCCACCACAGAGAGGCCAUGGGUUCUCUCCAAACCGCUGACCGCUCCAGUCUCCUCUCUGAGGUCCAGCAGCUCAGAGCCACCAUGGAGCAGCUCCACCCAGGCGUCCAGCCGGCCUUGUCCCCUGGGCCAGAGGCUGAGGGCGGGGCCCAGAGAGGGAGUGUGGGCCCUGGGUCCGGAGCCCCCGGCGACAGGGUCCUGCUGGAGGAGCUGAAGGGGGAGCUGUCCCAGACCAAGCUGGAGCUGGAGACCACGCUGAAGGCCCAGCACAAGCACCUGAAGGAGCUGGACGCACUCAGGAAGGAGGUGUCUGAGCGGGCUGCGGAGCUGGAGGCGCUGACGGACCAGCUGUCUGAGGAGCGCAGGAGGACCAGGGAGCUGCAGUGGGUCCUGGAGAAGGAGAGGAACCGCACCGGCCGGAGUGAGGAGAGCCAGCAGGAGGAGCUGGAGGACCUGCGGGUGUCGGCGGAGGAGCAGCGGAGCCGGGCGGCCCAGCUGGCCUCCUCCCUGGAGGAGGAGCGCCACGCCUCCUCCCAGCGGAGCCUCCAGGCCCAGCAGGCCCAGCUGGCCCUGCAGAGCCGGCUCCAGGAGCUCCAGGUGAGGCUGGACACUCAGCAGGCCACGGCCCGCGAGAUGAGCAGCGCCCUGGGCAGGGAGCGGCGGCUGAGGACGGGGGCCGGCGGGGCGGAGCAGGAGGAGGAGGAGGAGGAGGAGGAGGAGGUGGAGGGGGUGGGAGGAGAGAGGAGCGUGCUCAAGAGGCUGCAGCGGGACCUGGAUGAGAAGCACGCACAGGUUGUGCGCCUCCUCGGGGAGCUGGAGGCCCAGCGGCUGGAGGCGGUGCGGCAGCAGGAGGAGGUGCAGCGCGGCGGGCAGCGCGCCCAGAGGGACCAGGAGGCCCUGGAGGAGGCCCGCGGCCAGCUGGCGCUGCUGGAGCAGCGGGCGGGGGACGCCCAGCAGCAGCUGGAGAGAGAGGCCCAGAGGAGGAGGGCCCUGGAGCAGGAGAAGGAGGCGCUGGAGGAGAGGCUGGCGGAGGUGGGCCAGCGGCUGGCGGGCGGAGCAGGCGGAGCGGGGGGAGCAGCGGCGCGCUCGCACGACCCACAAGACCCUGCCCGCGACACACCCGCCGAGCGCACCACAGACCGGCUGCACCACCCGGAGACCUCCACCUCCACCACCACCACCCAUGGGCACGCAGGCCCCGGCCCCUACUCUGACGGCACCGGGGGGGUCCAGCCUGGACUACCGGGAGCAUGGCGCUCCGGCGACCACAUCCUGGGCAAGCUGAGCCUCACUGCCUCCAAGAUCCGCGCCAUGGCCGGCAGGAACACCGACAGUCUGACCACGGAGGUGGAGAAGGAGGAGCUGUCCUGGAUCCAGACCAACCUGGACGAGGUCAUCAGUAUGUUACAGCAGUCGCCCGGUCUGCCCGCGCUCUCAGAGCACCAGAGUCUGGCUCCGAUGGCAGGAAGUUCCCUGGGCAGCAGCUCGUCCAACUUCCUGUCGGAGCGCCUGCUGCGUCAGAACGCCGAGCUGACGGGCUUCGUGAGCCGGCUGACGGAGGAGAAGAGCGACCUGAGGAACCAGACGCUGCGUCUGGAGGACGAGCUGCGGAGGCACCGCCACGCCGGAGCCCUGUCGGCGGACACGACUGGGACCAGGGGCGCCCCCACCAGGAGCGACUGGGCGGUGUCCAGCGCGCUGCUGUCCCAGGAGCGGGAGGCGUGGUCGCGGGAGCGGUCCCGUCUGGAGAAGGCCCUGCAGCAGGCCCAGGCCCAGGCCCAGGCCCAGACGGGCAGGCUGAGGGGGGAGGUCCGCAGCGAGGCCCUCAGCGACGUCACGGGGCCCGACCGGGACAACGCCGCCCUCAAGAGGAUAUAUGGGAAGUACCUGCGGUCGGAGAGCUUCCGCAAGGCGCUGGUCUACCAGAAGAAGUACCUGCUGCUGCUGCUGGGGGGCUUCCAGGAGUGUGAGGAGGCCACCCUGGCUCUCAUCACCAGGAUGGGGGGCCGUCCCGCCAUCUGCGGCCCGGACUCGGUCGCACUGCGCCGCCGCCGCGGCCUCACGCGCUUCCGCUCGGCCGUGCGCGUCUCCAUCGCCCUCUCCAGGAUGCGCUUCCUGGUGCGGCGAUGGCACAAGGCCACCGGCGUCAGAAGCCCGAGCCCCAGCUCCGGUGCGGGCAAGACACACGCCAUAGGGAUGGAGGUGAAGGCCUUCCUCCACCCGGGGAGCGUGGAGGUGUACCGGGAGAGAGGAGGAGAACGAGGAGGUGGUGGAGGAGGGAGCACCAGCAGCCGGGGACGCAGCGGACGGGAUUCCCCCAGAUCCGCCAUCUCCAACACCACCCACAGGUACCAUGUAGGCGGGGACGGUGGCUCUCUGACGUGCUCCCACCUCCUGAACUACGACCCCGACCGCGCCCUCACCGACUACAUCUCCCGGCUGGAGGCCCUGCAGAGGAGGCUGGGCAGCGUCACCUCAGGUUCAUCUUCCUACGCCCCAUUGCACUUUGGUCUGAGGAGAUGAGGAGGCUGAGGCGUUGCCGUGGAAACUGGCUUGAAGAAUUCUCUGUGGCCUUCCUCUCGUGCGGAGCAGCGUGCGCUAUUUUAUUUUCACGGACGCUACAUUCCAUGUGGACCAAAACUCUUGUCGUGUUUUGGUGUCGGUGUGCUUAUCUGGCUAUUUAUUUAUUUUUUAUUUUUACUUUGUGUGCGUUUGAUUUGUCUCCAGCACACGAUGGUAAAAACAGCUUUCGUUUAUCAUUUUUCAAUCUGCCUCUCUUUAGUUUUUAAUGGAACUUAAAUCGUGUAUAUUGGUCUUAUUGCUAAUUUAAAACUCUCUCGAUUAAUUUAUGAAAUUGUAUGUUGUCGUUGUUGUUAUUUCUCUGUUCGGACGACUUUGAAGAUGACUGUGGAGAGAGUUUGAGGGGUAGGAGGAGGCUGCUACUGGAUAUUAAUACACUACACUGUGUUUUGUUAAGGCCGCUUUAACGGACGGACUGCAGACAACAUUUGUAGAGAGUGUAUUUUUGUAAAGGGUAGGUGCUUUUGAAUUUCCUGGGUAUUUUGUCAAGAACUGAAAUAAAGAUGAUAUUUGAAAUAAUGAA